AUGUUAUCAUUGAAAAAUUAUUUUGUCAACAUAAACAUAUAUGAAUCACCGACUGAUUCAACAGCAGCUACAGAUGAAGAGAAAGAGCAUCAACGUCGAUCAAAUAUUAUUGCAACUCGAAUCUUUUUCAUUGUUUUCAUCAUCGUUCUAUUAGUACUCGGUACUAUUAUGAAAGCAAGAAGUCGAAAUACACUUAUAACAGUUGAAAAUCCGAGCGAAGAUCAAUUCAUAAAUUUGCCAUAUGAUGCUCAUUGUCCAUGUUCUCGUAUAUCAUUAACCUACGGUGAAUUUAUUUCAAUUCAAACUCGAUUUCAUCGCAUAUGUUCAAGUGAUUUUAUAUCUGAUCGUUGGAUUAAAACAAUUGAUUUUGGUUCAAAUAAAACGUAUUUUUUUAUUGAGGACUUUCGAACUGAGGCGAGUGCAAUAUUUCAAUUCCUUGAAAGUUUUUGUCGACUUUCAAAAGAUUAUGCUAUUCAAAGUAUUGAUUCAUUUAUUAAAGAUUUAUUUAUAAGUCAAGAAGUUUUAAAAGAAUCUGUAUUUGAAUCCCAAACAAAUGUCACUAUUCAUCAAUUUCAAUUAUCAUCACCUAUCGAAUUCUCAACAGAAUUAAAAUUAAUACAAAAAAUAACAACCGGAAGCCGUUUUCUAUCUGCUCUUCAGACUAAUUAUAUGCAAUGGUAUGCGUUUUCAUAUAAUAAUUUAGUUCCAAUUGUGAUCCAUAACCGAAUUCUCUGGGAUGGACAUUCUUCCUCAACAUGUUCUUGCCGGAUUCGUAUUGACUGUACCACCGAAUCAAUGAUAUUUAACGGAUUGAGAGCUGGUCUUGAGAUUUUUCCGCCUGAUGAUAUAAUAUUAAUGAAAAUUCCUGGAAUGGUGCACAGCUGUUUACCAAUAAAUACACUUCUUCUAUCAACAUUAGAAUGUUUCUACAAUCAAACAUGUUUAAAUGAUCUUUUUUCUUUCUUAUCUACAAAUGAAAAUUUUACAGCAAUGUCACAAUUCGAACAAAGUCGUUAUAAAUUAAAUUCAACAAUAGAAACUAUUAUUGAUAAAUUAAUGAUUGAAGAAUGGAUGAUCGAUAUUUCUUAUAAGAAAUAUUAUGAACAAUGCGCUCCACUCUCAUGUACUUACUUUAAGAAUGAGCAAUAUGGUUGGAAAUUUGUAUUGAUACAAUUAAUUGGUUUAUUAGGAUCUUUAACAAUGGUAUGUAGUUUUAUUAUAGAAAAUAUAGUUAACUUCAUUCGACGACGACCAUCUCAAAAUACAGAAUCAAUACCUUGUAAGUUUAGUUGUUUGUUUUAUUAA